CUAGAUCUAGAUUAGAUCUAUUCUACAUAAUUUAUUUAACUAAACAAUUUGCCGCUUCCGGUACCGAUCGAUUUUCCUGGUCGUCACGUCAAUGAUAACUCUGAACUAAAACUGUUGUUACUGUUGACAUAAAGCUUCACCAUGACGGAUUCUAAAUAUUUCACCACCACCAAAAAAGGUGAAAUAUUUGAACUUAAAGCUGAACUUAACAGUGACAAGAAGGAGAAAAAGAAGGAAGCUGUUAAGAAGGUGAUCGCUAGCAUGACUGUUGGUAAAGAUGUCAGUGCAUUGUUUGCUGAUGUAGUCAACUGUAUGCAGACAGAUAAUCUUGAGCUCAAGAAGUUGGUUUACCUGUACUUGAUGAAUUAUGCUAAAACUCAGCCAGAUGUUGCAAUUAUAUCUGUUAACACUUUUGUCAGAGACUGUGAAGACCCUAAUCCACUUAUUAGAGCACUAGCUGUUCGCACCAUGGGCUGUAUUAGAGUUGACAAAAUCACAGAGUAUUUGUGUGAACCACUGCGUAAAUGCUUGAAAGAUGAAGAUCCUUAUGUCAGGAAAACGGCUGCAGUUUGUGUAGCCAAGCUGCAUGAUAUUAAUGCCCAACUUGUAGAAGAUCAAGGUUUCUUAGAUGCUUUGAAGGACCUGCUCUCAGACUCAAACCCUAUGGUUGUAGCUAAUGCAGUUGCUGCAAUAUCUGAGAUACUGGAAACUUCAUCUAAUGCACAGCCAAGCUUAGAGAUGAAUUCUGGUACUAUCAACAAAUUAUUGACUGCUCUUAAUGAGUGUACAGAAUGGGGUCAAGUCUUCAUUUUGGAUUCUAUUUCUAACUACGCACCCAAAGAUGAAAAAGAAGCUCAAAGUAUCUGUGAAAGAGUAACUCCAAGGCUGGCCCAUGCUAAUGCUGCUGUUGUACUGUCAGCUGUAAAAGUGAUAAUGAAAUACAUGGAAAUCCUGGACAUACACAGUGAUUAUGUAACCAUGCUUGUCAAGAAAUUGUCCCCACCUUUGGUUACCCUUUUGUCAGCUGAACCUGAGAUUCAAUAUGUUGCUCUCAGGAAUAUUAACCUCAUUGUACAAAAAAGGUCUGACAUCUUAAAGACAGAAAUGAAAGUAUUUUUUGUCAAGUACAAUGAUCCAAUUUAUGUUAAACUAGAGAAACUGGACAUUAUGAUACGUCUUACAAACCAGGCAAAUAUUGCUCAAGUUUUGGCUGAACUGAAAGAAUAUGCAACCGAAGUUGAUGUGGACUUUGUUCGUAAGUCUGUGCGUGCCAUUGGAAGAUGUGCCAUCAAAGUUGAACAAGCAGCUGAAAGAUGUGUCAGCACUCUUCUUGACUUGAUUCAGACUAAAGUCAACUAUGUGGUGCAAGAGGCUAUUGUUGUUAUUAAGGAUAUCUUCAGGAAAUACCCUAAUAAAUAUGAGAGCAUUAUUGCUACAUUGUGUGAAAACCUGGAUACACUUGAUGAACCUGAAGCCAGGGCAUCAAUGAUAUGGAUCAUUGGCGAGUAUGCUGAGAGGAUAGAUAAUGCUGAUGAAUUGUUGGAAAGUUUCUUAGAGGGAUUUCAAGAUGAGAAUACCCAAGUUCAACUGCAACUUUUAACAGCAAUUGUAAAGCUGUUCUUAAAGAGACCAACAGAUACCCAGGAGUUAGUUCAGCAAGUUUUGUCACUGGCCACUCAGGAUAGUGAUAAUCCAGAUCUUCGAGAUCGUGGCUAUAUCUACUGGCGCCUUUUGUCCACUGAUCCAGCUGCAGCUAAAGAAGUUGUGCUUGCAGAGAAACCUCUUAUCUCGGAGGAGACUGAUUUGAUUGAACCAACUCUUCUGGAUGAAUUAAUUUGUCACAUUGCCAGUUUGGCUUCUGUUUAUCACAAGCCACCCAAUGCUUUUGUUGAGGGUCGUGGAGUGGCUAGACGCUCUCUUCCAAGAAAUCAGUCUGGUGAUGCAACUGUCGGCGAGUCCUCCAGUGACACCCAAUCUCCUCCAGUUCAGCAGCCCACAGUCAUCCCUGGUGUAGAUUCCCUGAUUGGAGACCUACUUGAUAUGGACCUCGGUGGUCCCACACCGUAUCAACAACAGCAAAUGAUGAGUCAGAUACCACCAACAGCUGCAACUCCUGCUGGAGCUGUUGACUUACUAGGGGAGGGCUUAGAUAAUCUGCUGGGCGGAGGAGGUGGAGGAAUGGAUGCAUUGGGUGGUUUAAAUGAUAUAUUUGGAAUAUCAAUACAAUCUUCUUUCUACAUUCCACCCCAGGAAGUCUGGUUAACAGCAGCCAAAGGUAAAGGUAUGGAGAUAACAGGCACUUUUGCUAGAAGGAACAAACAGAUUUACAUGGAGCUUACAUUUACUAACAAAGCCAUGCAGCCCAUGUUAGGCUUUGCAAUUCAGUUCAACAAAAAUAGUUUUGGCCUUCAGCCUGCUAGUCCACUCCAGCUGCAGUCCCCACUCCCUCCAAACCAAAGUGCUAGCACAUCUUUACCUUUGAAUACCCAAGGCCAAGUACAAAAAAUGGAGCCACUGACAAAUCUUCAGGUGGCUAUUAAGAACAAUAUUAGUGUUUUCUACUUUAGUUGUCAAAUUCCAAUGCAUGUGCUAUUCACUGAAGAGGGUGAGAUGGAUAAAAAAGAUUUCUUGUCAUCAUGGAAGGAGAUCCCUUCACAGAAUGAAGUGCAGUCUACCAUUAUGAAUGUUCAACAUAAUGCAGAUACGGUAUCUCAGAAGCUUGGCAACAACAACAUCUUUACAAUCGCCAAACGUAAUGUAGAAGGCCAGGACAUGCUGUAUCAGUCUCUUUCACUGACUAAUGGCAUCAGAGUGCUAGCAGAACUGAAGAUUCAACCAGGAAUGUCAAACUUUACUCUGUCAUUGAAGUCUCGUGUUGAGGACAUCUGUCCAUUCAUUCAACAAUCUUUUGACACCAUUCUGCACAACUAAACUGGAAUGACUGGGCAUUGAUUCAUACUGAAAAAGUUGUCACUGAAGUCAAGAGUGAUGGAUAUCUACCCAUUUAUUCAACAAGCUUUUGAUACCAUCCUUCACAAUUAGAUGACUUUUUAUUAAUUCAGUAAAUUAUUUAAACUAGUGUUUAAUGGUCAUUCCAUUAAAAUGAUUUAAUCAACAAUCUGUACUUCAUAUAUAUAGCCAGAAUGUGUUUAUGUAAUACAUGGAUACCUUUACAAAAUCCAUAAUUACAGAAGGCAAGUCCCUCAGUUUGCAUGCAUUAUUUUAAACUAAGUUUUAUUUUAGGUAAUUGUAAGAAAAUAAAUCUGUACAUUUAUUGAAAAUAUGUUCGAAAAAAGUCAAUAAGUUUGAAAAAUAUUUAUGUUAAAGUAGCACCAUCCCUUUAUUUUUGUGUAUUGCACACUUAAAUUUUUGUGUAUACAAGCUCAUUAGAAUCAUGUAUAAGUGUUGUAGAGAUAGACUCAAGCAACAUACCUGUUUGAUGGAAAUAAUAAACAUAUUACUUCCUGUA